CUUUUGGAGAUCAACCGACGAAAUGCGGAGAAGCGGCCACGGGUUAGAGUCGGCGCAACCCCCACCUGACCUCACUAAACCCGAUCCAUGCCACUUUCCUUAGUCAGGCCGACUAGACCAAAUUCUGCAAGGUAAUUAAUUUGCAUCGAAUUUCAUCCCACUUCCAGAUUGUCCCACGCACGUACACACGGAGUGCGCGACACUCACAAUUGGGCAAGGACAAAAUGGAGGACACAACCGCAAAUGGAUCGCCUGCCAACGGCACUUUGCGACAACCCAAGAAAAGAUUUGUCGGACGACGCACGGCGGACGCCCAGGCGCAGAAAGAACAAUCGCCAAGUCAAAAUGAUGUCGAGUCAACAAGCAUCCAGAGAGCUGCUCCCAGAAGGACCCCUCGAACCCUGAAUCAAGUCCCUCCGGAAAUCCUCGAAGACCCCGAAAUCCAAGCCGCAAUCGACCUCCUGCCCAAGAACUACUCAUUCGAAAUCCCCAAGACAAUUCACCGGAUACGUUCAUCCGGCGCAAAGAGGAUAGCCUUACAGUUUCCCGAAGGUCUACUAAUCUUCGCCACCACCAUAUCCGACAUCAUCACCCAGUUCUGCCCAGGCACAGAGACCCUCAUCAUGGGAGACGUCACAUACGGCGCCUGCUGUAUCGACGACUAUACCGCGCGCGCCCUAGGCUGCGACCUCCUCGUCCACUACGCCCACAGCUGUCUCAUCCCAGUAGACGUCACACAGAUCAAAACCCUCUACAUCUUCGUCGACAUCAGCAUCGACACCUCACACCUGAUCGCAACCCUAGAGCGCAACUUCCAACCAGGCAAGACCAUCGCAACCGUCGGAACCAUCCAAUUCAACGCCACCCUCCACGGUCUGAAACCCGUCCUCGAGCGCGCAGGCUACAAAGUCGCCAUCCCACAAAUCACACCCUUAUCUAAAGGCGAAAUCCUCGGCUGUACAUCACCCCAGCUCUCCGACGAAAUCGACAUCCUUCUCUACCUCGGCGACGGCCGCUUCCACCUCGAAUCCGCCAUGAUCCACAACCCCUCCAUCCCCGCCUACCGUUACGACCCUUACUCGCGCAUCCUCUCCCGUGAAACCUACGUGCACGAUGAAAUGCACACUCUCCGCCGCGACGCAAUCAACACCGCCAAGUCUGCCAAAAAAUGGGGUCUCAUUCUCGGAUCCCUCGGUCGACAGGGUAACCCCAAUACCAUGGCUAUGAUUGAGAACCACCUUAACGAGCGCGGAAUCCCGUUCGUCAAUCUGCUUCUCAGCGAGAUCUUUCCGGGAAAGUUGGCGUCCAUGUCAGAUGUUGAAUGCUGGGUGCAGAUUGCUUGUCCGAGGUUGAGUAUUGACUGGGGUUAUGCGUUCCCGCGGCCACUGUUGACGCCGUAUGAGGCGCUGAUUGCUUUGGGAGUGAGGGAGAGUUGGGACACUGCCAAUAAGGGCGUCUAUCCGAUGGACUUCUAUGCCAAGGAAGGCCUUGGAAGGACGAAGCCUAGCCAGGCGAUACCCGGCGCUGCCUAAAAGACAAGAAAGAAAAAGAAAAUAAGUUGAAAUAAGUUGUGGGGUCACGAUAUAAGAUCCCACGCUCAGAAUUAUGAUUUUGCAUGACAUGUCCAUAUGAAUAACGCAGAAAAGUCGUCAUAU